UGAAAACGGAAUUUUAAUGCGCGAUUUGAUGACGUAAUGGCGGUUGUCAAACGCGAAAUGGCGAGGGCGCUAGCAGGCCUUUCAGCAACCGUAUGUUGGAAUUUUAUCGUUUUAGCGCUCUUUAUGGACUGGUAUACAGACAUAUACACGGGGUUAUCUGGCGCCGGGAAGGAAGAGGUGAAUUAUGGCGGCUGAGGUGGAGGUAGAGCAGCAGAGUGGCAGUGAGUUCCCAGCCCAUUACAAAGUCAUGCUAGAUAAACUGAAUGAACAGCGGCAACUAGACCAAUUCACAGACAUCACGUUGAUUGUCGAUGGGCACCAGUUCAGAGCGCAUAAAGCAGUGUUGGCAGCAUGCAGUCAGUUCUUCCAUAAUUUCUUCCAGGAUUUCACGCAAGAGCCGCUGGUGGAGAUUGAAGGAGUGAGUAACUCCGCCUUCCGCCAGCUGAUGGAGUUCACGUACACAGCCACCCUUUCUGUCAGUGGAGAGGAAGAGGCCAAUGAUGUUUGGAAAGCAGCGGAAUACCUCCAGAUGCAGGAGGCCAUCAAGGCACUUAACAAUAAGUUGAAUGAGAGUACCUCGCAAGGUCUAACGGGGAAGAACAAAGUUAAGAGGAAGAUUGCGGAGACGUCCAAUGUGAUCACAGAGACUUUGCCCUCAGUGGAUGGGGAGCAGGUGGAAAUUGAUGUGAUAGGGGAGGAGGAUAUUGAAGUGGAGGAGUCGGGACUAGAGGAGGUGGUGGAUGCUGCAAAGAACGCCCAGGUUGCCUCAGAUGACUCUGCAUUAGCUCUGCUAGCUGACAUAACUAGCAAGUACCAGCAGGGGGCCCCCACACGACAUGUGGACAAAAAGGACUUCAUUGAGGAAGUUAUCUAUCAGGAGGAGACAGAGACUGUGUCCAAGGUGCUGGAGAAUGUGGAGGUUGUAGAGGUGCAGAUCUCCCAGGUGGAUAACAUGUUCCGCUGCAGCAAGUGUGACCGCAGUUUCAAGCUAUACUACCACCUCAAACAGCACAUGAAGACACACAUUGGCUCGCUAGACAAGCCCAAUGUGUGCACCCACUGUGGUAAAGCCUACACACGAGAGGGGGCUCUCAAAAAACACAUCAACACAUUCCAUUUUGAGGCAGAGGAGCUGUCUCAACAUCAGAGGCCCCAGAAAAAAGUGCACAUUUGCGAAUACUGUGAUAAACAUUUUGACCACUUCGGCCACUUCAAGGAGCAUUUACGAAGGCACACUGGUGAGAAACCUUAUAAGUGUCCAGACUGCCAUGAGCGGUUUGCUCGAAAUAGCACUCUAAAAUGUCACAUGGCAGCAUGUCAGAAUGGAGCCGGGGCUAAGAAAGGACGCAAGAAACUCUAUGAAUGCCAGGUGUGCAACAGUGUAUUCAACAGCUGGGAACAGUUCAAGAACCACUUGGUGAGCCACACAGGCGUAAAGCCCAACCACUGCACGAUAUGUGACCUGUGGUUCACUGACCCCAAAGACCUGGAGGACCACUUCAAGGAUACCCAUUGUACCCCAGGUCACAAGCUCCUGGUGACUGAAGAGAUGGUUGUGGCUGACACGGCUGCCGCUGCUGCCCUUACCAUAGCAUCACAGAAUGUUGAGGAAACUGAAGCCAUCCUGUUGGAUGAUGCAAUUCAUGUGGAACAUGUGACGGUAGAGCCUGUGGAUGUGAUGGAGAUGGAGGAGACGACAACAGUGGUAGUGGGGGAUGGGGGCAUUGCCGAGAUGUGCGAGGAGGACAUGCAAAGACUCAAAGAGGCUGGGGUUCAGAUUCAGGUGGUGCAUGUGACAUCAGGGGAGGUGACGGAGCAGCAGGUGGUAAACUCUGAGAUGGAGGUAGAGGGAGAGGAGGUGGUGAAGGAUGAAGAAGCAGGACCAGCUGUGGUUGUAUGAGGCAAGGAACUGACUUUCUGAAAUGAACAGAAGGGUAAUGUGGGAGGAGUCAGUGUAAUUACGGCCAAUCACAAUUGGGGCCCAAUGCAGUAAAAAUGUUCAACUAUUUUGUAUUGUUAAGCAUUCUAAAGGAUUAAUAUAUGCUCAUACGACAUGCUGCAUCCUGAAUGGCUGUGAAGAUGUAGACUCUUGCUGCAUUAUCUUGUGGAUCAGUGGUACUUCAAUUUUGUGUUGUAAAUGGAAAAAAACAAAUGCUGGUUUUGCUAGUUAGCAAACCCCUGUUGUUGAAGGUGUGUUUAAUCUGUGAAAUUAGCUGAGUGAGGGUUCGCUUGCAACAAAAACCUGCGUAAUCCUUGGCCUUGAUAGCAUGGGAUUCACUGCUGCAGAUGACAUCUCAUUUCUGUGUCACUUCAGUAUGCCCUGCUCUCUGCCAUUAAACCGAAAAGCUAUGUUCCAACAAUCUUUAUGCCAAGGUCUCAGUUAUGAAAUGACAGUGGUAAUUUCUUGCUGAUGAUGCUGUAUUUAUUUUGAACCCGAUUUCCCAGAUAUCAGAAGACCAGAACUUUCUUAAGCCAUGAACUCUUUUCAGUUCUUUUUCUUUUUCACUCAAUCCCUUUUCCUUUGAAUUUCUUUGUUUGACCUUUUCACAGCAUGUUCUUUAAGCUGCAUUAUUUGUCCAAGACAGAAAAUGAUAAUAAUGAACUUUAGCAUUUAACAAUGUUACAGAGUGCUUUACAAAAGAAAUAAAGCCAAAUGGUUCUUAGUCUGGUCCUUGAGGAUCCCCAGUACUGCUGGUUCUCUAUUUUUCCAGGUAGUCAACAAUCUUUAUGUUUAGGGGGCGCCUCGGUGGCUCACCUGGUAGAGCGUGUACUGCAUAAAGCCGAGUCCUUACCGCAGCAGCCUGGGUUUGAAUCCGGCCUGGGCCCUUUGCUGCAUGUCAUCCCCUCUCUCUCCCCUGCCUUUCCUGUCUCUCCACUAUCGUGGUCAAACAAAAGCGAAGAAUGGCAAAAAAGAAUCUAACAAUAAUGUUCAUGUGUUGUGUCAGGUAUUCAAGCCCCCAAUCAGGGAGGUUUUAGACUUGGAACAACAGGUGAACUAAACUUUCAGAAUACAAAACCAGCCCGUACUAAUGGUGCCUGAGGACCAGACUGAGAACUACUGCCCGAGACUGCGUGUCGUGGGGAACAUUAAAUCAAAUUUACUGAAUGCAACUCAUACUACAACUGAUAUAUGAUAUUAAUGUACCUCAAUGAAAUGCCACAAUCUUCACCUUGUUCCUUAAUGAACACUGGUCUGUUUAUAUCUGAAAAAAAAUAACUGCUAUGGAAUAAAUGGGGCAUGCACAAUG